UGGCCCUUUCCACCUGGCUGUCACCACUUGGAGCCCAGAGGUGAUCCCAGGAGCCAGGCCACCAGGAUGAAGUUUGCACCUUUGUCCGUGCCUUGGGAGCGCAGGCUGCAAACCUUCGCGGUUCUACAGUGGGUCUUCAGUUUCUUGGCCCUGGCCCAGACCUGCAUCGUCAUCUUCAUAGUCCUCCUGUUCUCGAGGUUCUGGUUCAUCUCUGUCCUGUAUGGCAUCUGGUGGUACCUGGACUGGGACAAGCCACGACAGGGGGGCAGGCGCUCGAACUUCGUCCGGAACUGGAGAAUAUGGCACCACAUGAAGAACUAUUUUCCGGUUUUGCUGGUGAAGACGGCGGAUCUGGACCCCUCCCGGAACUAUGUGGCUGCCUUCCACCCGCAUGGUGUGCUGGUGGCCGGUGCCUUUCUCAGCCUGGGCACUGACAGCACCGGCUUCUCUUCUAUUUUCCCGGGCAUCCGCCCCUUCCUCAUGAUAUUGAACUUUUGGUUCCACGCGCCCUUUUCCCGUGAUUACCUCAUGUCGUUUGGAUUGGUCAGCUCAGAUAAAAGCAGCGGUACUUACAUUCUGAAGAAGAAAGGUGGUGGGAACUUGCUGGCCAUCGUCAUUGGGGGCGCCCGGGAGGCACUGGAUGCCAGGCCUGGAGCCUUCAAGCUUGUGUUGAAGAACCGCAUGGGCUUCGUCAGGCUUGCCCUGGAAAACGGGGCAGCUUUGGUACCGAUCUUCUCCUUUGGGGAGAAUGACCUGUAUAAACAAGUUAGCAAUCCUCCUGGCUCCUGGCUCCGCUAUGUCCAGAACAAGCUGCAAAAGAUCAUGUACCUUUCUCUCCCACUGUUCCAUGGCCGUGGUGUCUUUCAGUACAGCCUUGGUCUCAUGCCCUUCCGCCAGCCCAUCACCACCAUAGUGGGAAAGCCCAUCGAAGUACAGCAGAUAAUGAAUCCUUCAGAGGAGGAGGUGAGCCAGCUGCACCAGAAGUAUAUCAAGGAACUGUGCAACCUCUUUGAGGCUCAUAAGCUCAAGUUCAACAUUCCUGCAGACCAACACCUGGAGAUCAUCUGAGACCCUCCAGCCAAUGAAGAGGUUGCCUUGGAGGUCAGGAUCAGCAUUCAGGAGCCCUUAGAAAGUGCUGUGAUUGGAGGAGGCUUCCUGGAGGAGGUGUUGCUGAACUAGUCUCCAGAGCCUUUCUAGCCUCCUGCAACUCCAAGUGCAGCUGGCAUCACAGGCAGGAGACAGACCCUGGCAUCUGUGAUUUGUAUUCCUGUUGCAAAAGCUCAGCAGGUCACCCCUUUCCCUUCCCACUCUGGCCUCUAUCUGCUUCUUUGUGGAAUGGAUAAGAGGACUGGAAAAGAAUGAUUUCCAAGAUCUAUUCUGUUGUAAUGUUACUCAAAGAUUAUAGGAGCUAAUGUAGGGGAAAAGAGCAAUGCAGAUUUCCUUGAAAAUCAACACAAGAAGCCACCAGUCCUAUCCCAUGUUCCCUAUCCUGGAUGUCCUUUCCUGAGCUGAAAAAACUGAGGUGGACACUAAAUCCCACUCUUUCUUCUUUUGGUACCUUCCAAUUGCUGGAGACUCUGAGCUAUGGCAUGGCAGCCCUAGUUACUAGAAGGAAGUAGGCAAGGAGAACAGCAUUCUGACUAUCUCCCUCUGAAUCUCAGUUCUGACUAAGAUGACCUUGGAGUCAAGUGGGCUGAUUGUUCCACGAGCAAGCCUCUUACCCUUACAACUUCAGCCCUCAGCCUUGGUGCAAAACAGAGGGCCCAAAAAGGUUACUUCAAUAAAUGAAAGGAUUCUAUUUUA